AUGGAGUCUUCCAAGCCAUCUAUCAAGAUCGUUCGCAUCGGCUCCCUUGAAGAAGUCUACGAGCUCAUCGAUCUUGCCUGCGAUUCUUUUGCCGACGACCUUCUUUAUUCACUCAUUUUACCAACUCGCAAACAGAAUCCUGAAGUCUUCCAGAAGACUUGGUCUUCCAAUCUGCGCGAGGAAUAUGGGAAGAAAGGAGCUGUUAUACUCGCUGCUCGCCGGGAUGAUGGCGGUGAGAGAAGCGAGUUUGUGGGAUUCGCAGUAUGGGUUCGUUACGGAACGAGCUAUCUUGCGCAAAGCUGGCAAGGAGAUACUUGGGACAAGCAGCUUAUGAGAAUCAAGACCACAUGGGAGCAUUUGUAUGAAACCUACAUCAGCAGACCGGACCCAAACCUUGUGAACACAGAAGCUCUUAACGACUUGCUCGCGGGAGCUGGAGUAGCUGAGAAGCUCUACCCUAAGGAACGAUGGGGCUUAACUUGGUUGGGUGUUUCUUCCAAGUGCCAGGGAGCUGGCGUUGGACGACGUCUCGCACAAUGGGGUAUCGACCGCUCUGAGGAGGAAGGAGUCCCCGCGGGACUGGUUUCUAGUACACCAGGUCUGCCGCUCUACGAGAAGCUGGGGUUUAGGGUAAUCGGUCGAUCUGUCUACGAUAGAGAGGGAAACUCAAUGCCCGUAAUGCUCCGGGAAGUGGAAAAGAGGAGAACGAUCUAG